AACCGCGUGCCGCAGUGUGCCGCCACCCGGCCGGCAGUGGAACUUCCCCACGCCCAGCGCAUUCUCCUCCAGGUAGCUGGAGGCCUUGCGCGGCCUUGUGUGUCGGAAGGGUUGCCUACCCGCUGGCGAUUGACGCCGUCAAAGCAUUUAUUGGAUAAGACUUAUUGUCGCUCUCAUCGUUCGUAGAGCCCAUUGGUGGGGUCACACGUUCAGUUUGAGUCCCAUUUGGCGACUCUGGAGUUGAAAACGCGUCUAGAAUUUUGGCCGCCUCCACCAGUCUUCUGGCAAAUCCACUGUACGGCCGGCCCGCUCCGCGCGCUCGCCCCGCCAUUGUCAAGGCGGCCAAACAACAAAGAGGGAGACGCACUCCCUCCCUUCAUUUCCACAACCCCUUUCCUUUCCUUUCGGCCGCUAAAUUCAAAAGUCCCGCCCGCAACCUGCAACCAUGUCUGGCGCCUCAAAAUCCUCCAAGUUCAACUUCAACGAUGCCCUCUUCUUCGCCGAAGUCUACAACAAGGAGUUCAUCUCGCGACUGCACUGGUUCGAGAAGAACUACAAGAAGGUGUACGAGGCCAAGCCCCCCGAGGCCGUGCCGCGCAAGGCCAAGAUCCUGUACGACGAGAUAGUGCGGCGGCGGCUGGACGACCACAAGAACGCGCCCCGCUUCGCCGUGCUGCACGCGCUGCCGCCGCUCCCCAAGCCAGACCCCUCCGUCGAGAUCCUGCCCACCAUGCGGCCCGUACCCGACGCGGAGAGAGCGCUCCUCAAAGAAGGGUCCGAGGCCUUCCUGCAGGCGCGCUACCGCACCAGCCCGGACCGUCGCUACCACUUCCCCGCCACCUCCAGCUGGGAGUACGGCUGGCUGGUGGAGCACAUGCCGCUCACCUCGGCCGGCAUGAAGAUCCACGGCCGCAAGAACAUCGUCAAGGAGACGUUCUACCGGCGCAACGGAGUGCACCCCGAGCUCACGCACUACCGCCAGACCACCAGCCACAACAUGGACUUCCCCUUUGUGUAACCCGUACGUAGAAAUGCACGCAGCCUCGGGGGGAAGGGGGGAAGGGGGCAUCCGUUUCAGCGCUUCAGUGUAAAAGCGUAAUCAAGCCCCCCAAUGGGACGGAAGCAAAAUGAAAGAUUCAGUCUUCAAAGAUCAGUUAGGGUUUAAUGUCAUUGCACAACCUUCACAAAUAAAAAAUAAAUUAGUUUCAUAUGCAUAUUUUCAUUUCACAGCAGUAAUAAGA